AUGCUGAGUGAUGGCGGUAGUGGCGGUGGUGCGGCGUGGCCGAAGGGGAGGCUCGCCGCCGCCGUAGCCGUCGCCCCAAGGACGAGGACUAUGGCGCUCCCGUUGCCGAUGCUGCUGAUGCUGCUGGCGCUGGUCGCGAUGCCCCAGGCUCGUGCCAACGGUACAGUUUCAGAUUGCAAGUUUCCACCAGCUUGGAGUGGGCGGUGGUUUCAGGACGGCAAAGAGGGUCCCGUAAUAGUGAAUUCAACACACUUUCUUGACAGAAAAUGCAAAGCAAAAAAUAGGGAAAAGUAUCUUACCACGGAAGAAACCGAUGGAACCGGUAUUUGCAACCGAUGUAUGGUCUUUACUGACAAGCAUGUCAACGUUCUGCAAUAUCGUGAAUGUAAGUCAAUUCCAUUUACUUGCAUGAAGCAUGCGAUACACGUAAAAGCAGUUAGAGAUAUGAGCGGCAAUAUAACUCUCACCUUUUCCUUCGCGGCAUGA